GGGUGGGCCCGGGGCUCGGUGGCGCCCCCGCCCGCGGGGAGGGCUCGGCGGACCGCCCACGCAGCGGCCGCCUCGCAACAGGUCGGCAGCCUUCCGGGAGCCUCGCCCUGCGCCGCCGCCCCGCGCUCCCGAGACCCGGGCGCUCCGCUCGGCCCGGGCCGCGGCUCCCAUGCGGUUCGGGUCCAAGAUGAUGCCGAUGUUUCUCACCGUGUACCUCAGUGACAGCGAGCAGCACUUCACCGAGGUCCCCGUGACCCCCGAGACGAUGUGCAGAGAUGUGGUGGAUCUGUGCAAAGAGCCCGGCGAGAGCGAGUGCCAUCUGGCUGAAGUGUGGUGUGGCUCUGAACGUCCAGUUGCUGAUAAUGAGCGGAUGUUUGAUGUUCUACAGAGGUUUGGCAGUCAGAGGAAUGAAGUUCGUUUCUUUCUCCGUCAUGAAUGGCCCCCCGGCAGGGACACAGUGAGUGGACCACGGACUCAGGAUCCAAGUUUAAAGAGAAAUGGUGUGAAAGUCCCUGGUGAACAUCGAAGGAAGGAGAACGGGGUUAACAGCCCCAGGAUGGAUCUGACUCUUGCUGAGCUCCAGGAAAUGGCCUCUCGCCAGCAGCAGCAGAUCGAGGCCCAGCAGCAAAUGCUGGCUACAAAGGAACAGCGCUUGAAGUUUUUGAAGCAGCAAGAUCAGCGUCAGCAGCAACAAGCUGCCGAGCAGGAGAAGCUCAAGAGGCUGAAGGAGAUGGCUGAGAACCAGGAGGCGAAGCUAAAGAAGGUGCGCGCCCUGAAAGGCCACGUGGAGCAAAAGAGGCUGAGCAACGGCCGACUGGUGGAGGAGAUUGAGCAAAUGAAUAGUCUGUUCCAGCAAAAGCAGAGGGAGCUCGUUCUGGCCGUGUCCAAAGUGGAGGAGCUGACCAGACAGUUGGAGAUGCUCAAGAACGGCAGGAUAGACGGACGUCACGACAGCCGGUCUGCCGCGGCUGAGCUCGACCGACUCUACAAGGAGCUGCAGUUACGAAACAAACUGAAUCAGGAGCAGAAUGCCAAGCUGCAGCAACAGCGUGAGUGUCUGAAUAAGCGCAAUUCAGAGGUGGCGGUCAUGGACAAGCGUGUUAAUGAGCUGCGGGACCGGCUGUGGAAGAAGAAGGCGGCCUUGCAGCAGAAGGAGAGCCUCCCGGUCUCAUCGGAUGGAAACCUGCCCCCGCAAGGGCUGCCGGCACCCAGUCGUGUGGCCGCAGUGGGGCCCUACAUCCAGUCGUCCACGAUGCCCCGCGUCCCCUCGAGGCCUGAACUUCUGGUGAAGCCAGCUCUGCCAGACGGCUCCUUGGCCAUGCAGGCUCCCGAAGGGCCGCUUAAAGUACACACACUGCCCAACAUGCGCUCUGGGCCCGCCUCCCAGGGUCAAGGCUCUAAAAUCCAUCUGCUCGGCCCUGACUGGAGCUCCUCAAGUGCAGACAUUUCCGCGAGCCAAGCCUCCGUGCCUGCGAGCUCAGGGGAUGCCCCGGACCAAGGUGAUGAUGGAGAGGUUCCCCUGAGGGAGAAGGAAAAGAAAGUGCGUCCCUUUUCGAUGUUUGACACAGUGGAUCAGUGUGCCGCCCCGCCCCCCUUUGGGGCUCUGAGGAAGAACCAGAGCAGCGAGGACAUCCUGCGGGAUGCUCAGGCUGCAAGUAAAAAUGUGGCUAAAGUGCCGCCUCCUGUUCCGUCAAAACCAAAACAGAUUAACUUGCCUUAUUUUGGGCAAACCACUCAGUCAGCGUCAGACAUGAAGCCGGAUGGAAACCCUCCACAGUUGUCAGCAGGUGUGGCGUCCAUGGGAAGUAAACCAAAAUCGGGGCAGCCACAGAGGGUCGUGGUAUCCCCCGGCGCGCCCUCGGCCAGCCAGGGCCAGGCCUUGUCUGCAGCUGGGAAGCAAGAGAGUCCUCCAGCCGCGGCCGUCCGGCCCUUCACCCCGCAGCCUUCCAAGGACACCCCUCCCCCACCCUUGCGGAAGCCCCAGACCGUGGCCGCCAGCUCCAUAUACUCCAUGUACACGCAGCGUCAGGCUCCCGGGAAGAACUUCCAGCAGGCAGUGCAGAGUGCGCUGACCAAGACCCAUUCCAGAGGGCCGCCCUUCUCCACCGUGUACGGCAAGCCUGUGAUCGCGGCCACCCAGAACCAGCAGCUGCACCUGGAGAACGUGUACUCCAGCAGCCAGAGCCAGACUGGCAGUCCCGAGCCGGAUGUGGAGCCUGUGGCCUCGGGCCAGGAGAGCCAUGAGAAUGAACGAAUUCCUCGGCCGCUCAGCCCCACCAAACUGCUACCCUUCUUGUCCAACCCCUACCGAAACCAGAGCGACGCCGACCUGGAAGCCCUGCGCAAGAAGCUUUCCAACGCGCCGAGGCCGCUCAAGAAACGGAGCUCGAUCACAGAGCCUGAAGGUCCUAAUGGGCCGAACAUCCAGAAGCUUCUGUACCAGAGGACCACCAUCGCUGCCAUGGAGACCAUCUCUGUUCCCUCGUAUCUGCCCACGCCGACGCCCGUGGUGGCCGAUUCUGACAGCCCAGUUGAAACCCAGAAUCCAUAUUUACACGUGGAGCCCGAGAAGGAGACAAUCUCUCUCAUUCCUGAACCAGUGUCCCCAGAGGACGUGGGAAGCGCCAGUUCCGAGAACAGUGACACGGCAGCUCUUUCCCCAGGCCUUGAUUACGUGGCUGAAGGAGUCCCGGACAGCAGCCCCAGUUUCCAGAACAGUGCAGAAGAACCAAGUGCAGAGGCCCCCCAUCCGCUGGAAGUGUACCUGGAGGAGUAUCCCCCAUACCCGCCCCCACCAUACCCGUCUGGGGAGCCGGAAGGGCCGGGAGAAGACUCGGGCAGCAUGCGUCCACCCGAAAUCACGGGGCAGGUGUCUCUGCCUCCUGGCAAAAGGACAAACUUGCGUAAAACUGGUUCGGAAAGGAUCGCUCAUGGAAUGAGGGUGAAGUUCAACCCCCUCGCUUUACUUCUAGAUUCAUCUUUGGAGGGAGAAUUUGACCUUGUACAGAGAAUUAUUUAUGAGGUUGAUGACCCGAGCCUGCCCAAUGAUGAGGGCAUCACAGCUCUGCACAAUGCUGUGUGUGCGGGCCACACGGAAAUUGUGAAGUUCUUGGUGCAGUUUGGUGUGAAUGUCAAUGCCGCAGACAGUGAUGGAUGGACCCCGCUGCACUGCGCGGCCUCCUGCAACAAUGUGCAGGUGUGUAAGUUCCUGGUGGAGUCCGGAGCCGCCGUGUUCGCCACGACCUACAGUGACCUGCAGACGGCGGCGGACAAGUGCGAGGAGAUGGAGGAGGGCUACACCCAGUGCUCGCAGUUCCUUUACGGAGUUCAGGAGAAAAUGGGCAUCAUGAACAAAGGAGUCCUUUAUGCACUGUGGGAUUAUGAGCCUCAGAACGGUGACGAGCUGCCCCUGCGAGACGGGGACUGCAUGACCGUCAUCCGCCGGGAGGACGAGGAGGAGACGGAGUGGUGGUGGGCACGUCUGCACGACAAGGAGGGCUACGUUCCGCGCAACCUGCUGGGGCUGUACCCAAGAAUUAAACCAAGACAGAGGAGCUUGGCCUGAAACUUCACAGAUUUUAGUUUCUGAAGAAUUAAUCUUUGUUAUCACUAAGAAAACGUAAAGUGAUUGUUUUUGGCAAAAAUUUCACAAGACUGACUUUAAUGACAAAGUAACUUGAAAGAAAUGUAGAAUGUCCUCUGGAAGAAAAUGAAGGAUUGGAGAAUUUGCUGUCUGUAGGGGACGUUCAGCACGACGGAUUGCAGCUUAAAAGUAAGCUGACCACACUGUUGGGGAGCGGCAUUCAUGGAGCACUUGGGAAGAUGAACAGUGACUAUCCUGGUUUCCUUGAGAAAUAGGGCCUUGUUUGGGCUCCUGGGAGGUCGGCUUCCUUUCCCACCUGGUUGGUGUUUGUCUGUACCUCCCCUGCCCCCACCAGAAUGGACCAGUGCCAUCGAGGCUCCUCUGCCUCUCCCACCGAUAGACCCCCAGGGG